UGCGCAGUUUUGCGGAGGUUUGUGACGUAGGCUUAAUGGUGAAAUUGUGCAAUUUUCUUCCCGAAAUCGUAUUUUUUAUCCAAUUUUAAAUUACUCUGUUUUUUAGUCACAAUGCCAGAAUGGCAGAGUCUAUUAAUAUAAAAUUGUAGGUGACAAAUGAGAAAGGUCGCGUGUUGAAUGUGUUGAAUUAAUUCAGGAAUGUCCUCGUACACAUUCUCCCAGAAGGUAUUUACCCCGGUGCCACCGGAGAAGGGCAGUUUUCCACUGGAUCAUGAAGGGCUUUGUCGCACUCUGAUGAUCAAGUACAUGCGUUGUCUCCUGGAGAAUCAAAAUGAGACAUCAAAGUGCCGAGAUGUCACGAAAAGUUAUCUCGAGUGUAGAAUGCAGCACGGCCUCAUGGCACGCGAGGAAUGGUCCAAGCUCGGCUUCACCGACCAGGUCAGGAAGGAAACGUAAUGGCGAUUCUUUCUUCAAAAAGUGAUCCUAAGUCUUUAGACAACUGUCGAUUAGCAUCCUAAUUAUCUCAAAAAGCGCUCCAAAUUAAAUGCUCUUACGAGCUCUCCGAAGGACCUCGCUCCAAUUUUUAUCGGAUAUCCUAUCAUCGGAUUAGGACGACGGAUCUGUUCUCUUUCAUCUACGUAGAGGAAUAUUCGAAGGCUAUAUAUAUUAUAUACCUAUUCUUUGAGAAGGAAACGCUGUUUUGAUCUCGUGUUAUGAUUAUAAUAGAGAUAUAUGUAUAUACUAUCCAUGCACUUUGGACACAAAUUCUGCAUAAAUAAGAGUUUCGAUACGACUGGCAUAUCACGAAGGAAGGCCCAAUCCUGUGUUAUUACACGAACUGCUAUCAGAUUUCAAUCUGGUUGACCUGAAUCCGCCCCUCGGUACAGCAAAAAAGGGCGAUAUAUCCAAAAGCUGACCAAAACGCAAUCACAAAAGACUUAUUUUUCUUACACUCUCGCGUUCUCUGUUUAUCGCUUUUUGCAUUUUUCUUAUUGUCACUACCUACCGAUCAGCCAGAUCGAGAGCUACGCUUUUUAAAAAGGAACACACUCAGCUUUUAUUGUUCUGUCAGCGUGUUUGAGUCAAUUCUCAAAGCUAGUGUAAAUAAAUAGAAAAUAGUAAGGAGCAAAAA